AUGCGCAGUGCAGCUGCAUACUCACUUCCCCUCCGCCGACUUGGCGCAUCGCUCAACGGUUCUGCCGCCACAACCCGAGGCCUCACAAAGCAGGCCGCCCUUCGACGCUCUUUAUGCACAACUUGCCUAGCCAGCAGAAACAAUACAAGCGCUAGAAGGUUCCGCCCCUCGCCGAGUAUUCUCACACAACACACCAGAAAUGGAGGGCAGAAGAGGGCAGCAUCGGCGGUAGCGACGGCAACAGAGGGAAACAGGGGUAUCAUCCAGAGCCUCCAACACCUCCACGACGAGUUGGUCAACUACCAUGCGCCCGAAGUGAAGCAACCGACUCUUGAGUCCCUGAAGCCCGCGAAAUCGAUGUUCGGAUCAUGGUUUGGCGGAGGAAAGGCCGCCGAGGCUACGAUAGGAGCGAUCCCGAGCAACCUCCCCCGCGGUCUAUACCUCUUUGGAGACGUUGGUAGUGGCAAGACGAUGCUCAUGGACCUGUUCUACGACACGUUGCCGAGCUCCGUCAGGACCAAGACGCGAAUUCACUUCCACAACUUCAUGCAAGAUGUUCACAAGCGGCUACACAAAAUGAAGAUGCAGCACGGUAACGACGUCGAUGCCGUUCCUUUCGUGGCGGCACAGAUCGCAGCGCAGGGCAACGUACUCUGUUACGACGAGUUCCAGUGUACGGACGUGGCAGACGCCAUGAUUCUGAGAAGACUGCUCGAAGCGCUCAUGUCGCAUGGCGUCGUACUCGUUACGACAUCGAAUCGGCACCCCGACGAACUCUACAAGAACGGCAUCCAGCGAGAGUCCUUCGUUCCGGCAAUCAAGCUGCUGAAAAGCAGGCUCCACGUCAUCAACCUAGACUCCCCGACAGACUAUCGCAAGAUCCCAAGACCUCCUUCCGGUGUAUACCACACGCCGCUUGAUGCGCAUGCGACGUCCCACGCCGAGAAGUGGUUCCGUUUCCUCGGCGACCCCGAAAACCCGGAGCCGCAUCCCGAGGUGCAGAAUGUCUGGGGACGCGAGAUCCACGUGCCGCGCGUGAGCGGCCGCUGCGCCUGGUUCACUUUUGACGAGCUCAUCGGCAAGGCGACGUCGGCGGCAGAUUACCUCGAGCUCGUGCGCAACUAUGAUGCUUUUGUCAUCACCGAUAUCCCAGGAAUGACCUACCGCCAGCGUGAUCUGGCUCGACGCUUCAUCACCUUCAUCGACGCGGUCUAUGAGUCACACGCGAAACUGGUCCUGACGACGGAGAAGCCCCUGACCGAGCUAUUCGUCUCCCGCGCCGAGCUGGAAGAGUCUCUUGAGAAGCAGGGAAAGAAGAACGAGAUUGGACAGAGCGACAACGCGGCGGCGCAUCUGCUGGAAGACCUUGACCACAAUAUCGAUUCGAUCAAGGGCAUGUCGGGGCUGUUCUCGGGCGACGAGGAGGCCUUUGCGUUUGCGCGGGCGCUCUCGCGUCUGAGCCACAUGGGCAGCAAGGAGUGGGUUGAGCGCGGCAUGGGUCUGGAGCAGCAGGGCGGCAAGAAGGAGCGCGACGACUGGGCCAAGGUCCGCAGUCGGCAGAUGGAGGACAGCAUGUGA